CCGGGAGCCCGGGGCCCGGCGGCUUGACCUCCCCGAACGCCGGGUCCCGUGACGUCACCUCGCCGUGACGCGCACGCUGUAGGAAAACUAUAAAAAUGAAUGCCAUGGACUGUCCAAUAUUGAAAAUUUGAAGUUUAGAAGAAAUUGCUGAAGUCAGUUUACUUCAGUUUCAUAUGUUCUAGCUUCAUGGGUUUGGAAGCUUAGAUAUUAUGAAAAUAAGCAUUUAGGAUUAUUAUAUCCUCUUGGGAGGUGACUCCUCAAGUCAAAUACUUCACAAUGCAGAAUUCUUUGUCAGUACCAGCAAGAGAUCAAGGAGAUGUUCCCAAGCUCAGAAGUCCUAUUGAGAAACAGCCGACUCAGAAAAUGUCAGAAUCUCCCCAAAAGACCAUUUGCACAGGUGAACCAAACAUCCCUUCUGGAGCAAUUCAGAGUGGGAAAGGUUUGCAGAAUAAGAGUCAGUUUAGGAACAUUGCACCAAAAAUCGUACCCAAGGUCCUACCUCCCCGGAUGCUGCCAUGCCACUCACCAUCACUCUCCGAUCGGGGAAACCCAGGCCCCUCCGUCACCUCCAAGUCCCUAGGGAUGCCUGCCCAGAAUUAUGCUCUGAUGCAGGUAGCUGGCCACGAGGGGACCUUUUCUCUCGUCGCAUUGUCCCAGAUUCCCUCAGCUCAGCCCAUCCAGAAACCCAGGAUGCCCCCACCUGAAAACCUCAAAUUGCCAAUUCCUCGGUACCAACCCCCCCGAAAUAACAGAGGCCCAAGUAAAAAGCCUGUUCUGAGUUCUUCAGAGAGCAGCAAACAGCGUCCCCAAAUCCAAGCCUCCCCUUCCCCAGUUGACCAGCUGGAACCCCCACACAAACCUGGUCCCACAGAGCAAGUGCCAGUUGUCUUCCAAGCCCCAGUUGGCAUUAGCGCCACCAGGAGAGGUAGCUUGGGAGACCCUCAAUCACCAGUGAGCAGUGAGCGAGGAGCACCAAACUCUUCUGUCACUCCAAUGUCAUCCAUCCCCCGGGAACUCACCGCCAAGCAGGGCCUCAGGAAGACGCCAAGGAAGGCAACUUCUGUGAGCAAAAUGGCACCCAGUAAACCUGACGUUGCAGCCAGCGAGAAGCUUAAAGGACAGAUCGAUCUGGCCAAAGCCAUGACUGUGUUGUCACCAGCCAUUCUGGGUAACACUGUUCAGUUGAUCCCGUCCAUCCCCAAAGGAAAACUGCCCAUCUUACCUUACUCCAGAGUAAAAACUGCCGACACUCACAGGAGUGAACUGGAUGGCCACCGUACAGAUUUGUCUUUGGCUGGGCUCAGAGCAGACUGUGGAAAGACCUCCUCCCUCCCGGCAGCCACAAACGCAGCCGACAAGAUGACCACCCCACCCAUAUCCAGGCAGAAUCUCUGUGGAACCGCCUUCGGGCCGGCCACCAAGCCGGAUCUCCAUCACAAAACCAAGCUGAAUGGGGGCCCAACCAAAAGACGGGGAAGAAAACGCAAGGUCCCCGAGGACAUUUUGGCCUUCCAGGGCAAAAGGAGAAAAUGUCUCAUCAGUAAAUGUCGGGAGAGUAAAGAGAAAGUGAAAAGUGGUCCCCAAGAAUCCAGAGACCACAAAUCUGAGGCGAUGAAGAAAUACCGCAGCAUCAUGCCCAAACCCGUGCUGGUCAUGCCUGCACUGGCCCCACUGGCGUCGCCCGCUGCUCUGCUGCCACCCCCCAUCCCGGGCAGCCCCGGGCAGGAUGCUCAGGUGAGGCAUCCGCUCCCGCCUAAACACCUCCCGGGGAAGCAGGACGGCAGCCCUGCCCCCAAGCGCAGCGCCAGCUUCCGGAACGGCUUCUCCUGGCACCGGUGCCACGUCUGCAACCACCACUUCCAGUUCAAGCAGCACCUCCGGGACCACAUGAGCACCCACACCAACCGGCGCCUCUACCGCUGCCGCAUCUGCCUCAAGGCCUACGUCCGCUCAGGCAACUUGAGCACGCACAUGAAGCUCCACCACAGCGAGAACCGCCUCAAGAAGCUGGUGUGCUGUGAGUUUUGCGCCAAGGUCUUUGGGCACGUCAGAGUCUACUUCGGCCACCUCAAAGAGGUGCACAGGGUGGUCAUCAGCACGGAACCCUCCCCCUCGGAGCCGCAGCCGGGGGACCCACCCAGGAACAGAGAUGCGACUGUGCGCUGGCCAGAGGGAUCUGGGGAGAGGGAAAACAAGUCAAGCUUGGAAGACCUCCUCCUCAACCAGGCAGAUGAAGUAAAAUUACAAAUCCGAUGUGGCCGCUGUCAGAUCACUGCCCAGUCUUUCGCUGACAUCAAGUUCCACUUACUCUACGCUCACGGAGAAGAAAUCCAGGGCAGGCUGCAGGAGGCCAUCUUGCCCGGAAGCAGAGGUGCUCCUGCUCCAGAGGAACUGGUCAAGUCCGCGGCCCCACACUGGAAACAUCCUGAAAGAAGAAAGCAGGGGAAGCCGACACCUUCUGAGGAGGAACCACACACAUUUCCCAAGCUGAACAGGCAGCCCUCCCUUCAGCCUCAGAAUGACAGCAAGGACAUGCCCGGGGAAGAGGCCAGAGCCCAGUCAGGAUCCAGGGAGCCCCAAGGAGACCACCAAGACUUGGAUUUCCCCAGCCCCAGGGCCCAGGAACCUCGUUCCAGCUUUAACUGCAUCCUCUGUCCACAGACUUGGGGACAGAAAGAAGAACUGCUCCUGCACUGGGGACAGCAGCACAACUGCGAGAAUCCUCUCAAACUAUGGACGAUUUUAAGUGCACUCUCUACACAGGGAGUGAUGGAACUCGCCAAGGAAAUCGAAAAAUGAAAUACUGGGCCAAGAGGCCCUUCAGAAGAGUUUGUGCUCUUCUAUUGCUCCUUGAGGUUUAUGUUUUUAUGGUGGUGCUUAAUUAUUUUUUUAAGUCACACAGGGUAGAAUCAGCAUUAAUAAUCAGAAGUGAUUUUUUUGUACAUAGUUUUAUUUUCUUAGGAAAUAUAUAUAUGUGUGUGUAUAUAUGUGUGUGUAUAUACAUAUACACACACACAAAUAUGUCCUUGGUGCAUAUUUUUCUAACCUCAAUGCAGUUUUUAUGUUUAAAUUCUGUGUACUAACUUAAAGUCUUAGAUGUUACCACAGAAUAAAUUUUAAAAGAUCGAAAUUUAGGGAUUUAAAAUGAGAGGAUAUAGGUCAUUCUUCUAGUAUAGUUUUCAGUAAAAACGUGUGUUUGAGCCUGUCCUGUCUGACAAUAUAUGUGUGCAUCCUUUUAUUUAAAGAUUUUCUGUAUCCUUUUAUUUAAAGAUUUCUGUUACAUUAGAUUGACAAAUGUGAUAAAAAUCCAGGUGGGAAAACCAUUUUAGUCUCAACCAUAGGAUAUUGUUGAUAGCAAGCUGAUUCUCUUUUUUUAAAAUAUGCUAUGAAAUGUAUAUUGAAAAAGUUAUCAUCUACCCUAACUUAAAAAUCCAUCUCUUAAGGGCUCACACUUUUUAAAUUUGACUAUAUUUUCUUAAAUAUCUAUUGUCCUGAAGAUUAAUUAGAUGCUGGAAAUCUUAGACCUAUAUUGUUCUAUGUGAAAGUAAAAAAAAAACUUUUAG